AUGAACUUGAAACUGCAUUACAAACAAGAAAUUACUGCGACUAUAGUUAAUAACAAUGAUUUUUUUAUUGAUGAUAAUGAUGAUGAUACUGUUUUAGAUGAUGAAAAUAUUAAUUUAAAUGAAAAUAAUGAUUUGAUUAUGGAAAAUAUUAUAAAAUUAGAUAAAUUUAAUAAACUAAAUGGGGAUAAUUCAAAUUCAGAUAUUUUGAAUCAACAACCUGAUGAAUCUGUAAAUUAUGAGAAUUCAAAUAUUGAUUUUAAAGCGAUAUUUGAUGAGGAAUCAGAAACAGAUCAGUAUGCAGUAUGGUUUGAAUAUAAAUGCAUAUAUAAUUAA